AAUUUGACUGGUCGAAUUCUUAUUUUAUAUAGAUUCCAUAAACAAAUAUUUGUUACAAAUCACACACAUUGUAGGUUUUAACUUCUAAAUUUCUCCAAUAAAUAAUUUGAUAAACAGAUUUUAUUAUUUAUAAUCAAAAGAGAAAAAUUACACGUGUAGGUGUUUAACGCCGCCGUUAGUUAACUACAGUCUGUUAUUACUUGUUUGCUUUUCACUUUUGACUCUAACGUUUAAAACAGAAUGCAGUUUAACCACCGUAAACGGAAUAUACUCCAUUUAGUAUUCAGAUUCUCUUCCUCUAUAUAACAAACCUCUCCUCUCUCACGAAGCCAGCAGAGAGAUACGAAGAGAAUCAUUAAUUAGAAUAUUCCGAUGACCGGAGAAUUCGAACUCGCGAACAGUUACCAGAUGUGCGACGAGAUCGGCCGAGGACGAUUCGGAACAAUCACUCGCUGUUUCUCUCCCGCGACGAAAGAGUUCUACGCAUGCAAAACGAUCAACAAGCGCGUGCUCGUCGACGCUCUCGAUCGCGAGUGCAUAACGACGGAGCCGAGGAUCAUGGCGAUGCUGCCGCCGCAUCCCAACAUCGUCACGAUCCACGACCUCUUCGAGACGGAGGACACUCUCGCGAUCGUCAUGGAGCUCGUCGAUCCUCCGACGACGAUCUACGAUCGGCUGAUCUCAGCCGCCGGAGGGAGGCUAUCCGAAUCGGAAUCCGCCUCGUACGCCAAAAAGCUCCUCCGCGCGGUGGCUCAUUGCCACCGCCGCGGCGUGGUUCACCGCGACGUGAAACCUGACAACGUGCUAAUCGAUCUCGGAACCGGAGGCGUUAAACUCUGCGAUUUCGGAUCGGCGGUGUGGCUAGGCGGGGAGAAGACGGAGACGGCGGAGGGAGUGGUGGGGACGCCGUAUUAUUUAGCGCCGGAGGUUGUGAUGGGGAGGAGGUACGGGGAGAAGGUGGAUGUGUGGAGCGUCGGCGUUGUGAUAUACACUAUGUUGGCGGGAGAGCCGCCGUUUAACGGCGAGACGGCGGAGGAGAUCUUCGAAACGAUACUGAGAGGGAAUCUGAUGUUUCCAAGGAAGGUGUUUGGAUCGGUAUCAGUGGAAGCUAAGGAUCUAUUGAGGAGAAUGAUUUGUCGCGAUGUUUCGCGGAGAUUUUCAGCAGAAGAUGCUCUUCGUCAUGCAUGGAUUGUGAACGUGGGGAACCUACAAAGCAAUUGACUGAAGCUCUCUAUGGUUUCAAAGUUUUUGAUUAGAGUUAAAAGAGUGGUGAUAUCGAUACGUGUAUAUGAUCCAUUCGAGUAUAGGUCAAACGCACGUAGCUGUAUUUUAAUAAUCCUACGGUUUGAGCUUCGGUUUAGAGAAUGUAGCCUGAAAACAUUUUGUAACGAUUCUGAAUAAAAAUGAUCUUGAGA